ACAAGGACCAUGUCAGAACGUAACUCUCGUCGUCCAGUGAAAGUUUACUCGGGGAUGUAAACUAACCAGAAUUUGAUCAGUAUCAGCUUCGGCAGGAGCAGGGACUCAAAUAAACUCGCGAGACACAACGUUUACAGCAGGACAGACUAUUUCUGGACUUUCAGCAGUGGAGAUCGUUUGCAACGGAUGGCGAGUAUAUAUGGCUUGGUCAUAUGACCCCAUCCCCUCACUCCAGCCAUACACGUUCACUCAGGCUGGUUGAGCCGAUUUCGUUGUACCCAUGAAUUAUUUAUGCUUUGAAUGACAAGUACUCGCAGGUGUUAGCAUUUCGGAUCAGGCACAUGCUAAAUGUAAAUGUGUUGUGAACAUUUUACUUGAAGAGUAAAACUACAUGGGGAUUUUUGUGACAAAUUUCAAAAGAAAAUAUAUUUUGGUGCUGCUUUUGUGAAACAAUUCCACAGGUUUCCUUUCUGCUGUCGUGGUUUUAUGGGAUCAAGUAAUCGCAUUUCUUCUAUUUAUAGAAACAAAACCAGAAAUCAACGGGUGUAAAGUUGUUUUCAAAUUUGUAUUUUGAUUGUUGAAUAAAGCAUGCACAUUCCAAGUUUCCAUAGUGCUGUGUCAAUGUGACAGAACCCUUAUUCCAGUGAAAUGUGUAGUACUCUGAUGAUACCAAUGCUGAUGAAGGUGCAGUCAGAAGACUUGAGAAAAGGAAACAGAUCCCAUGGAAGUAAAAGUUUGUAACAAACAAACUAAAAUGAGCAUAUCAUCUGGUCAGAUGAGGAAUGCUAAUGAUCAUGUAGUUGAGUCUGGUCACAUUAUUGAAGAGUAUGACUAUUCUGAUGGUUGUCAUGGAGAUAAACAUGAGGCUUCUUUUUCAACAGUUUUUAGUAGUCCUGUUAACAGUCCAGUUGCUUCUAAAAAUGCAAUCACUGCAGAUGUAGAGCAAAGUGAGAUUGCAAUGGAAGGUAUCUUGCAAGUUCCAUCUCAAAAUGAAAAUAAAGGGAAUAAACAUUUGGACCAGACAAAUGAAUUGCCUAAUGAAAUUAAUACGACAGCUGAUAAAGAUCAACUUUGUGAUGAGCAGUCCGGUGCAGACAAAAGCAGUCCAGACAUAAUGACAGACAGAAAUGAAGCUGCUAAGGGUGAUGAACUUGCUAAUGAUCAUCUUCGUACUGAUUUGGCAAAUGCUAAUGAUGAAGGUUCUCACAAUGUCCUAGGAAACAGUUUAGAUGAAAAUAAUGAUGUUGACACUUUGUUAUUACAAGAAGUCACAAGUAAUUCAUACUCUGCCAAAGAGCUCUUUGAUGCCAAUGAUAACUCAACUUCCCAGGUCUUUAUUACGGCCAGUCACAUUACAGAUGAUACCAGCAGUGUUUUUGAUGUAAAGGCUGCCACAUCUGCAUGUGGUAGUGUCAAAGAAGUGAAGGAUGGCGUUGGCAUGUUUAACGCAGACAAAAGGCUGCAAAAGCAACAGAGAGUGCAUAUGUCAGCAGGCGCCAGUAGGUUACAAAAGGAGCAGGCACCAGAAACAAGAAAUGUGAAUUCCAGAAACACCUCUCACACUGAGCAAGAGUCUCUGUCAGAGACAGUAUUUCAGCAAGCCAUGAACCUUAUGUGCAGUCGUUGUGUCAGUGCCCCAAAAGGCUGGGAUGGCAGUUUGAUUAACAUGGCCCAGGUGCCUUAUGGGCCACAGGUACCUCAGUACUUUUUUGUCAACCAGCACCUACCUAUGCCUACGCCUCCACUGAAGGUCUGGAGUGGUUACAAUGGAAACAUCUACUUUGAGCCCAUGACUAUCAAAAGAGUUGUGACUGCUGGAUCCUGUGGACAUGACACUGAGGUUGAGAAUAAGUCUAGAGGAUUUGCUUUGCAGCGCCAUGCCACUCACAGAUCAUCAGAAAGGAGACACCAAACUGCAGACUCUAAUGCCCUAAGACCCUUGAGCUGGGUCAAAGAAAAGAAGAGUGGGAAAUCACGAAACACUCAAGCAGCAAGCGGUCCAAGAAAGAAUUCAGCAAAAGGUAUUCCCACUGGAGCUGCAGGUCAUCACUCUGUUGUGCUGGACAAGCUGGUUGUAAUGAACCCCAACAACACCUUCAUGCAGGAGGAGCUAAACUUGAUUGAGUCCCAGAAAUCCACAGGCAGCCUAGCCAUAUACCUUCAUCAGAAAGCCUCUACUGGUGAUGACAGCAGCAAUAAGGGCGGAGGUGGUGGUAGCAAAGCUGCUCGUAAAGCGAUGAAGUCAGCAAAUUUUGACAGAAUAUGCAAAGGUUCUGUUGCUGUCCAGCUUCGUAGGAAGAACAGCAUUGACAUGAUGGAAAGUGGCGAAGCAAAGAGAAGAAGUGAUGGAAACGAAAAACUUGAGUUAAGCAGUGUGCCAUUGCAACGAAGAUUGAUGAUUGUGGGAGAUCGGUUCUCUCCGCCUUCAGCCAUGUCUCCCUUGCUGCGCACACAAACACAGUUUUCACUGAGCAGUAACCGUUUGACCAUGAAUUCUCCUGAUCCCUACAGUGUCUUUGAGCACCUUCCCCAUCUGGAGCAAGUGCGCAUGAGCCUCCGCCACAUGGACAGUCAUGGUGAGGAUUUCUAUGCAUCUCGAUUGAACACUCCAUACAGUGCUCACCGGAGACUCACUGCUGUGGAUGAUCUGAAACCCUUCAUAAAAUAUAGCCCUGAUGUGAAGGCCAGGUAUAACAAGCAGCUUAGGUAUUUUUAAGACAGGAUUAAGACAGUUGAUACACUAACUAGUAUGAGUAUCAAUAGGUUCAUUGCAGACUUAUGGAGAAGCCACUCUUUCAAAACUAAAGGCAUUGCUUAAAACAAAUACAAUACUUACAUGAAGCAUCAUUGAAACAGACAUUUUAGCCAGGUGUGUUUAUGAUCCUUUCGUCAAGUGUAUUUGAGAUCUUUACUGCUUGAGGUUAAGAUGACUAUCUAUCAGGCAUGUAAUGUUAUAUUUAUCACCAGAUGUGUUUGAGACCUUUCACUAGAUGUGUUUAAAUCGAUCAAGAUGGGUCACCAGCGCGAAGAUGAGCAUUAACAAUAAGCAUGCAUAACCUGACUUCCCGAAUAAGUGACCUUUCACCUGGAAUGGUUAAUAUGACCUUUCACUAAAUGUGUUAAUGGACUGGUUGUGGUUAGGUCUUGUAAAAAGUUAAAAAUUCUAUGUAAACUUCCAGGAAUAUUUUCCAUGGCUGGUCAAAACUGAAUCAAUUUUCUACAUUUUCUUAAAAAGCACACAAACUACCACAGCCAAUGCUUUUUAAAGUUAGCAUUCAUCUAGCUAUUUAUAUGCACAGAAAAAAAUUACUGUGAACUAAAUGAAUUUCAAUUAAUUUUGAUAAUAUGAUCUUUUAUUAUUUAGCUUAGUAAGCUAGUACUUUUUGUUAUUGGCUAUGACAGAAUGCUGUGUAGUAUGUGACAUGACUUUUAAUGGAAUAAUUUAACUGUGCAAAAUAACAGUAUAACUGAAAAUAAGCCAUUUUUAAGUAAUAAUAUAUUGAAGUAGCAUUCUAUUGCCUGAAAACCUUAAAUUCUACUGAUAUUUCAUCAUUUACUUGCAUAGUAUGAACAUCAGUUAAAAUGCAGGUCUUGGAUAAAUGAAUUUAUUUGCCUUUUCUUUUCAGUUUUCAGUAAUUCUGCCUGUUUUAUUCACAAUUUUGAAGAUCAUAACAAGUGCUAAAAUUUUAAGACCAACUGUUUUAUGAGUAGCUUGUGCUGUGGUAUUAGCAAAGAUGCUUAAAAGCUGAAUAUGUA